GAGGUGCCCGGAGCGGGCCUGGGCCUCCCGAACUGCCUUUGACGGCAGAACCCGGGCAGGCCUGCAGCUGAUGCCUGGGCGCCUUGGGGGCCAGUAGGGCACCUACCAUGUGUGUCCGGUGGUAAGAGCUUGCCACGGCCUGCUUGGCAGUGCCAGAGUAGCCUCUGAAGAAGGAACCCAGUGAACUCCUGACUCCAUGUGUGUGUUUAGGAACCCGUCUCCAGCUCACUGAUAGGAACUCUCUGCUAAAGUAUGUGACCCUCAGGCCGGAGUCUUGCACCAGGUGCGGAGCGACCAGUGUCCGCCUACUUUAUUGCCAGCCAGCACUUAGAGCCUACUCUUGGGAGAGGCAAGGCUCCGCGUGGAAAGGGAUGACUUCAGGGUUAUGGGGCGAGCUUGAUAGGACUUAGUAGCUAAGAGCAUAGACAGAGGAGGUUUCAUUCACCAAAUGUUUACUAUAAUAUGUGCCCCGCCUUCAAAUCUUGGUUCUCGGCUACUAGCGGUGUGCGUUUGAGCAAGUCACUUAUCCUCUCUUAGCCACUGUUUCUUUCUCUGUGAAGUGGAUAUGAAAGUACAGUGCCUUUAUCACGGGGUUGCAGUGAGGAUGAAAUAGUGCCAGGCAAGUCCUCAGCCCAGUAUGUCUAACAAUGAGUGUGUGGCAAAUAUCAGUAGUCGUGGUGACUAACGAUAGAAAGUGUUAGAGGUGCUUGGAGUCCAGGUUCAUCUUUAAUGGGACUAGCUGCCCUCUCUGGCUCUCAUGAAUCUUGCAGAUCUUCCAGCUCAUCCUUUCAUAUUAAUCUUGAGGAAUCUCAGUCCCUGCAGAGCUAGGAAAGAGCAUAGGUCCCCUCAUCCCCAGGGAUGGUCAGCACGUUCCUUCCUGAGCCUUGGGCCCCUGCGAGAACGAGAAGAGGAGAGUGGAGAUCUUCAGCAGAAAGGAGGGCAUGGUGCUGGUGGCUGGGCCCUCCGUGGCCAUGUAAGCAUGCUAGUUGGCAAGUUCUUGCUCUGAGCCUUGCUUUAGAAAAUAUUUAGCAAUAAACAAAGCCUUCUAGUAAAUAUUGCACUAACUAGAAAAUUAGAUUACCAAAUUCCCCAUUCCAAGGGUCCUUGCCAAUCUCAGCUUGGUUGUCAGUGGGAUACUUUCCCCCAGGACCUACCAAUCACGUGAUUCCCAGGGUUUCUUAAAUUGGAUGAAAUAAUGAAUGUGAAAGGUGGAACCUGCAAAUGUCAUCAUGGACUUUGGAGUUAGUCUUGGUUUUGAAUCCUAACCCCUCCACUUAAUCGCUGUGUGUCAUUGGGCAAUUCACUUAAUGCCUCUAAGCAUACUUCCUUAAAUGUGAAAUUGAAUUAAUAGCAUUUACUUCAGGUUUGCAGUGGGGAAUAAAUGAGAUAAUGCAUGUAAAGCAGUUAGCACUGUGCCUGGCUGAGAGUGAAAGCCAGUGAACAGGAGUUAUUUUACCAUUAUGAUUAAUAAUAAUAUUAGAAAAAUAAUUGUCAGGCAUGGUGCUUUGCCUUUGCUGUCUCUUUGAAUUCACAAAACCACCCUGUGAAGUAGGUAUAAUUGUGUUUUUCAAGCCAGGAAGUGAAGGCUUGGAGAGGUUAAGAAUUGGCCUAAGGUCACGUAGCCGCUAAGUGACAGGGAUGGGAACUCGUAUUCUGGCAUCUCCAGCUCCAGAACUGGUGCCAUGUAAUUCUGCUUCUCUGCUGCCCAUCGUCCUUGCUGUUCUUGCAUUCUUGAAGCCCAGUUAUGACCUGGGGCAGCCUCCAGUCUUGCAGCAGGGAGUCUUCUCACACCAAGUGGGUCGGAGACAGGACCCUGCAGCCUGGCUGUGUGUUUCCUCUCUGUGGGUGGUGUAGAAUGCGUGGUGAAGCUGUAGGGGACAGUCCCUGAGUGAGUUCAGGGGAGGAGGUGUUAGGAAGAGGCAGCCCAGGCAAGCCCUGUGGCCUCUUUAGGGUCUCAUCACUGGACGGCAGGGCUGGGUGAGGGUGCAGGCUGGGUGGGACCUGGGAAGCUUGUGUAUGAAAAGAAAUGCCUUCGUUUAUCUCCUGGGAAAUGUUCUGGGGCUGCAUAAUUCUCUGAGCCUGAUCUCUGCUUUGCGAAGGAGAGCAGCCCUUGAGCUGUGGAUAAGGGAGGAGAAGGAGCCCCGGACUGAGAGCCAACAUUCUGCCAUUUUAAUCCUGGCUGCCUGUGAGAGCUCACGCCGCUUCUCAGGACCUCUUUUAUGAAAUAAAGAGUUGGAGGAAAUCAUUUCUAAGGGUUCUUGUAUCUCUAAAGGGCAGUGGUUUUGCGAUUCUAAAUUGAUGGCUUAACCCUCUCAGCACAGUACCAGGGCACAUGGGAUAAUUAUCACACUAGUAUGUUACCUAGACUCUCAUUAGGGUGAGAGAAUGGCCACAGCUCCCUAAGCCACCUGUCACAGCUGAGUACUCUCUGCCUGGUUGGGUGGGGAGGAAUUACAGCAAGAAGCCUUGGGUUGCUAAGUUACAGUCCGGGGCCUGUGGUUCUACGUUUCCGGGGCCACCACACCUGCUCUGCCCUUGACUAAUAAAAACUCACUGCUCUACAGUCUACUCUGCUUCUCUGCCAUUGAGUGUUCCUCCAAGUCUGUUGACAGAUGAGCACAGUACUAAGAACAAGACCUUAGUGAGAGGCAGGUUCAAAUCCUGGUGCCCCUUCUUGAGCUUUAAGACCUUAAGCAAGGUACUUAAUUAACUACACUAAAACUUGGUUUUCUCAUGUUAAAAGAAAAUGGGGAUAAUACUGGUACUGCAUUGGAGGGUGAGGCUUAAAUGAAAUAGGUCAGGAAAAAGGCUUAAGACAGCGCCUCUUGCAUAGUAGGUGCUCAGUAAAGUAAGAUGGUGAGACCAUUCAUCUCUAUCCCCUACCCAGAGGCCAACAUCCUUUUUUUCUUAGCUAACCUGGACAAGGAUCAAUCCUUUUGUUUUCUCUGGCUUCUCAUGUCCUCACUGGUACAUACUCCAGCACCUCUAAGAGAAUCAGAUCUUUCACUCUGCCAGUUGUGACUGCCGUUGGUACAAUCUUAUGCUACAAAUUUAUCUGUUUUCUCCAUUCUGAAAAGGCUAAGAGAAGGCCCCUUCUUUGCUGUGUAGUUGCUCCUCAGCCCUGAGCUAAGCCUUAGGAAGGGAUUGGGGACCUGGUCUGCUGUAUUGCCACACCCAGUGAUGAAACACGCCCCAGGGUCCUUUGACAGUGGAGGUUUGUGGCAGGAAUCAUGGCACAUCCUGGAGUGGCAUCUGGAGUUGCCACAGUUGUGCUGGGUCCCAGAGCUUCCAAGAGAGUCACAAAGUAGCCAUUGUAAGGAACUGGAGAUGCUGUCCAAAUUUGCUCUGUUCAGGGGCUCCUUUCUCAAGGGACCUACCUCCUCUCUGCUGGCCUGCAGGGAUGGCCAUCUCCCUAUAUCCUCUACUGGUGGCUGCUUUAGACCCAGGCUCCAUCCUUAGUCCAUUUAGCUGUAGCCAAGAGACCUGGAUUCGUUUCUUGUCACUCCCACACCACAAGUGGUACACUUUGUGUGGGAAGGAAUGGGUUGGGGCAACUUGUCUCAAAAGGGAGCUUAGAGUCUGGCAGGCUUCUCAGAUUGCCCCAGAGCUUAGGCUUAUGCAUCAUCUUAGCAAAAGCUGGGAACAGAAUUUAUUUAGCCUUUACUGAUACUUAUGGGGAGGGUUAUUCUCAAUUGAAUUAGUUGUUUAACCUGGGCUACAUAGAAAUGCCUUGCUGAGUAUCACAAAAUUGUGAAAUGUUAGAAGAACCUCAGAGCAGUUCCCCUCAGUAUUGUGCACAUGUAAGAAUCACCUGGAAGCUUUAUUAAGACACAAGUUCCUGGGUCCUCAUCUCAGAUUCUGGUUCUUCAGGUCUGAAGUGGGGCCCAGGAUUCUGCAUUUCUCAGAUCCCAGGUGAUGCUGCUACAACAGGUCCACAGAUCCACUGAGUCCUGCUUUGGAGGACACCAUGGCCAGCCCUGUUCCCCGCUGUGGAGUAGUCUACAUGGGUUGUUUUUGUUUUUUGCUAGACCACUUCCAGGCAGGGUACUUUGUAGCUACCCUACAAAGUAGGUGAUUCCUCCAUGCUCAAACAGCUCUAGUCUUUAGAAAAGUCUCCCUCCAACCGACCAUGCUGAGCUCCACCUCCCCGUGACUUCUUUUUGCAGUUCUUACUCUAGGUCCCUGAGCAGCUGGCACAGCUGUGCUGGGCAGGACAGAAUGGGAAUCAUAUGUGCCCACAGUCCACACUUGUGCCUAGGGCUUGGGUUGCACGUGUCACCAUCAUGCAUGUGUGUCCAGUCAGGUAGAAGGGGUUGCAUCCACUCCUCAGGAGCAGCCUCACUCUUGUGCAGCAACUCAGGUAUUUGAAGACACCAUGCGUGCAGGGGCUUCUUUUCUCCAGGAAAGUGGCCCUACUCCUUCUAGCAUCCUACACAGUAUAGGGGUUCUCAGUCCUUCCUCAUCCUGGCUGCCCCAAGGUGAGUGUCUCAGAAAGACUCACAUAGGGUGGGGUCGUAUUAAUGACUAAUUGUACAGACUCUAAUUCCUCACAAAAAUGCAUAACCUGAACCUAAUCAUAAGAAAACAUCAGACAUUGUGGAAUAUACUAGAAACUAGCUCACCCUGACUCUUAAAAAUUGUCAAGAUCAUAAGUCAAAGAUAGACUGAGAAGCUACCCCAGAUCGGAAGGGACUAGAGAGCGGUGAUAACUGGAUACCAUGCUUCAUCCUGGACUGGAUUCUGGACCAGAAAAUAGAAACCAUAUGUUAAUAAUAGUAUCAUUGUCAUUAUAGUAUCAAUAUUCAUUUCGUUAAUUUUUGUUGUGUGAGAGAAUGUUUUCAUUCUUAGAAAAUACAUGCUAAAGUAUUGAGGGCUAAAGGGGCCUGAUUUCUUCAACUUAUGAAAAAAUGAUUCAGAAAAGAGAGAGAAUUUGUAUACAGUUGCCCUCCUCAGGGAGACUUGUUCCGGGACCCCCCACAGAUACCAGAAUCCAAGGAUGCUCAAGUGCCUGUUAUAAAAUGGUGUCAUUAUUUGCAUAUAACCUACACAAUCCUCCUGUAUACUUUAAAUCAUCUCUAAAUUCUUUAUAAUACCUAAUACAAUGUAAAUGCUGUGUAAAUAGUUGUUAUACUAUAUUGUUUUUAAAUUGAUACUUUUUUUGUAUUUUUAAGUUUUUUUUGAAUAUUUUUGAUCCACAGUUGGUUGAAGUCACAUAUGCAGAACCUACAGAUAUAGAGGUAUCUGACUGCAUAUAGAGAGAAUGAUUAAACAAAGAUGUCAAAUUAGCAGUUGGUGAAUCUGGGUAAGAGUGUAGGAGAGUUCUUUGUCCUAUACAUGCAACUGUUUUUGUAAGUUUAAAAUUAUUUCCAGAUAAAAAGAAGGAGAUCGCAGACCCUGUAGCCAGCCUGCCUGGGUUAGUCUUAUCAUUGCUUCCUCUGUAAACUUGGCUUUCUAACCUUUCUGAGCUUUGAUUUUUACCAUCUAUAAAAUAAAGAUUAUCAUUGCAAAGUGAAGAAUCUGGCACCUAGUGAUUGGCCAGUGGAUCUUAGCUAUGGUAAUAUCAUUAUUAUUAGGAAAGGGAGGAGUUGAGAGUGACACGGUGGUAAUGAGACCAAAGGAAAACUCAGCCUAAUCCUGUCACCUCCUUCUGCUUGCUGAUGUGGGAUCUCAGGGUCCCUGGGUGUCUGGCAGGGACCUGGCUGCCAUAAAGCGUCACCCUGCAGAAGCCUUUGCAAGUAGUCACCUGAGCCCAUAGGGCUCUGCUGUUGAAACCCAGGUCUCCUGGCAGCUUUAUCCCCUGCCUUCCCUGGCACUUCUGUGCCUGCCCCACAGCCUGGGCUCCCUGGGCUUUACCUGUCUGGGUAUGCAGUGCCCACUGAACUGCACAUGGCUUUGGGCCUGGCCAUCACUGCCCAUGGCUGGGAGGCCUCAUGGUUUGCUGGACAUUUGUGAGAACUAGACAGUGAUGCUUGCUGCAGACAGAUUUGUAGCAGUCAUGAGUAAUUGGGACAUGUAGACACAUAACAGAGAUGCUCAUCUUAUCCUCCGUCACCACCAAAACACCUCUAAAAACUUGCUAAAAACUCACCCACCCUCCAGCCAGCUUCCCUGGACGAUCUCUUGUUGUGCACAUUUCCUCGUGUUUCUUUGUGAAUGUUUUAUGCUUCCUAUACUGGGUGUUUUCGGCUCUCUUGAUCAGUUCAACCCUCUCAAAUUGGGCCUGAGGGUCCAUCUGGAUCUGUGUACACACUGGGGUCUGAGUAUUCCCUGUAAGAAUUGUUUUCAUUUGAUUUUGCAGUUCCACCUAGAAAACCUGGUGUAGGCGUGUUCUCCAUUACCUUUAUGAGCCACACAACAGAGGUUUCCACCGUUCUGUUCCCUGUUUGCGUCCCCGUUUAUGACCACACUGGUACACAGUGAUGCCAGAGAGGACCAAUACAGGCACAUGUCACUUCCAAGUGACCCAUUUGUGCCAAGCAAAAUCCAGAUGACAUGGCAGGCUGUGUGGCAAGCAAAGGUUUCUGUGUUAUUUGGAGGCUGAAAACCGGUGAGAGGGUUGCAAAUGAGCUGGUGGAAGGCCGAACGUCCUGCCCCACACUCAAGCCUUGGUUUAUCCUCAGCAAAGACUGACAUCACCCUUCUCACCAAAGUAGUACAGACUUGAAUUCUGUUGGAGUUUUUCCUGCUUUGAAGGGGUUCCUUUUCUAUUGAUAAGGCAAUAUAGUCACAGUCAUCAGCUAUUGAUGGUGGAUUAAUGUCUCCAGCUUUGACUUUGCUUUGCUCUUUAUUCUAAAGCAAGAAGAUACUACCCAUGUCAAAGUUUUAAUCUAAGAAAGUGAGCCCUUAACUAAAUGUUAAAUAUGGCUUGAUAAUUAAAUGUGUUAAGUUUUACAAGAACCACUCAGGCUGCCAAGAUUUUGCCAAAGGGUAAAUACCUUGGUCAGAAAACCUGAUCUAUAAAUGCCUGAAUUUAUCAAUAGCAUUAGGAUAAUAUUUAAUUUAGGAGCAAAUGUAAGCAUUAUGUUAUUAAUACCAGUUCCAUAUACUACUUCCGAUAACCAAAAAAAAAAAAGAAGGGGGAAAGAGAUCAUUCUGAGGAUAAGCUUGAGUUAGUGAACCAUGUUUACUCCUUACUAAUUCACAACAUAUAAGACAACAAAUCAGUACAGGACUGAAAGUUUCCACAAUCUAGCACUAGUACUUUAGGCUGCAUUUAGGACAAAAACACUUUUCAGUGACAAAAUAAGAUUUCUAUAAUUUUCAAUUGGAAGUGUGAACAAUCCUUAAAAGUCAAAUUGCUGUAAAAGUAAAAUAUAAAACCUUCUGCACUGUUGCUGACCCCAUCCUGGCCUGGGUCCUGCCUGAUCUUCUGCAGCCUGGGUCUGGCAGGUGCUGGCUGUCUGGUCCCUCCACCUCCGUAACCCUUCUUAUGGAAGAGUGACCGGUGAGCAACUGGUUCUGGCAGUCACAAAACUGGGAACCCGGGCACAGGCCAUGGUGAGGCCUGCAGGACAGGGGAUUUGCUUUGGACCAGAGCUUGCAAACGAGUAUCCGUUUUUACCUGGCAACCAUGAGACCAGCAGCCCCAGGCCUUGGUGCAUGUUGUCUUCACUCAAUUUGAAUAAUUGCCAGAAGUUACAAAUUAGGACAUUUCACAUUUUAAAUAGAUUUUUGCUUGUCUGGGAAAAUCACAAGAAUAUUGCUAUGGACUGAAUCAUGUUCCCCCCAUUUAUAUGUUGAAGAUCUAACCCCCUGUGAUUGUGUUUAGAGAUAGAUCGUCCUAAUAAUGAAGCUUAAAUGAGGUCAUAAGGGUGGGGCCCUAAUCUAAUAGGACUGGUGUCCUUAUAAGAAGAGGAAAAGAGAUCAGAGUGUUUCUCUCUCUCCCCACCUCCCUCUCCCGGCUUCCUUUCUCCCUCCCUUUCCCCCUUGCUUACCUGCCCCUCUCCUCCCUCCCCACCACACAGAGAAGAGGCCAUCUACAAGUCAGGAAGAGAAGCCUCACCAGAAACCAACCCUGACAGAUCUCUCCUGGCUUCUCCUCUUUCCUCCUAGAGAUCAGAUGUCGGAACUCCAGCUGAGGGCAUGUCUUACUGGGCACACAGGUGUCCUCUCUUGAGAAGAACUGUCCAUACCAUGGUGGUGAUACAAGUUCCCCACCCCUCAAGAGGGUUUGAGCAGCUCAUCCAUAUCAGACUGGCCCAGGCCCUGGAGCUAGGCAGGUGGAUGGCAAAGUGGAGACCUAACUUCAUGAGAACCUGAACACAGAAGCUGCACAGCUGGGCCUGCUGGUGACCUGCUGGUCUCCCCAGUCAUCCCCACUGGGAGGCAGUGCUGCAGCAGGCUUUCACCAGUUCUCAGGAUGCCCAUAGGGAUGGGUGAAGCCCACCUGGCCUGUGGUGCUUCCCAGUGGCCGUCAUUUCAUUAGGGCCCCACAGUGGCAUUAGGAUGCACCUCUCGGCGGUGUUCAACGCCCUCCUGGUGUCGGUGCUGGCAGCGGUCCUGUGGAAGCAUGUGCGGCUGCGUGAGCAUGCAGCCACACUGGAGGAGGAGGUGGCCCUCGGCCGACAGGCCACAGAGCCAGCCCCAGCACUGAGGAUCGACUACCCGAAGGCACUGCAGAUCCUGAUGGAGGGCGGCACACACAUGGUGUGCACGGGCCGCACGCACACAGACCGCAUCUGCCGCUUCAAGUGGCUCUGCUACUCCAACGAGGCUGAGGAGUUCAUCUUCUUCCAUGGUAACACCUCUGUCAUGCUGCCCAACCUGGGCUCCCGGCGCUUCCAGCCAGCCCUGCUCGACCUAUCCACCGUGGAGGACCACAACAUGCAGUACUUCAACUUCGUGGAGCUGCCUGCUGCUGCCCUGCGCUUCAUGCCCAAGCCAGUGUUUGUGCCAGAUGUGGCCCUCAUCGCCAACCGCUUCAACCCCGACAACCUCAUGCACGUCUUUCACGACGACCUGCUGCCACUCUUCUACACCCUGCGGCAGUUUCCCGGCCUGGCCCACGAGGCACGGCUCUUCUUCAUGGAGGGCUGGGGCGAGGGUGCACACUUCGACCUCUACAAGCUGCUCAGCCCCAAGCAGCCUCUCCUGCGGGCACAGCUGAAGACCCUGGGCCGGCUGCUGUGCUUCUCCCAUGCUUUUGUGGGCCUCUCCAAGAUCACUACCUGGUACCAGUAUGGCUUUGUGCAGCCCCAGGGUCCGAAGGCCAACAUCCUCGUCUCAGGCAAUGAGAUCCGGCAGUUUGCACGGUUCAUGACAGAAAAGCUGAACGUGAGCCACACAGGAGUCCCCCUAGGCGAGGAGUACAUUCUGGUCUUUAGCCGAACCCAGAACAGACUCAUUCUGAAUGAGGCAGAGCUGCUGCUGGCACUGGCCCAGGAGUUCCAGAUGAAGACAGUGACAGUGUCCCUGGAGGACCACGCCUUUGCUGAUGUCGUGCGGCUGGUCAGCAAUGCCUCCAUGCUGGUCAGCAUGCAUGGGGCCCAGCUGGUCACCACCCUCUUCCUGCCCCGUGGGGCAACUGUGGUAGAGCUCUUCCCAUAUGCUGUCAAUCCCGACCACUACACUCCCUAUAAGACGCUGGCCAUGCUGCCUGGCAUGGACCUCCAGUAUGUUGCCUGGCGGAACAUGAUGCAAGAGAACACAGUCACAUACCCUGAGCGGCCCUGGGAUCAGGGGGGCAUCACCCAUCUGGACCGGGCUGAGCAAGCCCGUAUCCUGCAAAGCCGUGAGGUCCCGCGGCAUCUCUGUUGCCGGAACCCCGAAUGGCUCUUCCGAAUCUACCAGGACACCAAGGUGGACAUCCCAUCCCUCAUUCAAACCAUACGGCGUGUGGUGAAGGGCCGGCCAGGACCACGGAAGCAGAAGUGGACAGUCGGCCUAUAUCCAGGCAAGGUGCGGGAGGCACGGUGCCAGGCGUCAGUGCAUGGUGCCUCUGAGGCCCGCCUCACUGUCUCCUGGCAGAUCCCAUGGAACCUUAAAUACCUGAAGGUGAGGGAGGUGAAGUACGAGGUGUGGCUGCAGGAGCAGGGGGAGAACACCUACGUGCCUUACAUCCUGGCUCUGCAGAACCACACCUUCACUGAGAACAUCAAGCCCUUCACCACCUACCUGGUGUGGGUCCGCUGCAUCUUCAACAAGAUCCUCCUGGGACCCUUUGCAGAUGUGCUGGUGUGCAGCACGUAGCGAGCGGGCCACAGCCUGGCCUCGGGAGGGUGGCUCCUGCAGUUCAGCGUCCCUGUGCCCAUUAAUCCCACUGUGGAGACUUCUGGGAACUGUCUAUUUAUUGAGCAGGCCUGCCCCAGGCCUGUGCCUCCAUGUCAUCUUGUUGCCGCUGGGGUGUGGUGUCACAGCACUCCUCUUUGCCCUAGAGAUAAGGGUCCUGACUUCCCCUUCUCCCAUCCUGAACAUUUGUACCCCUGGAGAAGUUCCUUAGCAGGGAGGAGGAAGAGGAGAGGAGGAAGGAAAGAAAGAAUCACAAGGAACCUCUGGCUAGGUGAUCCUGAUGUUUCCUACUGAGUUUUUCUGGUAUCCAGAUUUCUGGAAACCUAGUAAUCAUGUGCUGUUGGAUUGGGUGGUUCAUCUGCUUCCAUCCCAGUGAAAUUUACCUGUAGCCCAGUGAAGGGUGUGUUUGGAACAUUCAUUAAAUGAUUCUAAGCAUC